AUGUCGACGUACCAUAAGACGCCCAGAUUGCCAGGAUUUAUGGGCGACGUCGACGCUGUACUACAAGACGUCGACGCUGUACUACAAGACGUCGACGUUGUACUACAAGACGUCGACGCUGUACUACAAGACGUCGACGCUGUACUACAAGACGUCGACGCUGUACUACAAGACGUCGACGCUGUACUACAAGACGUCGACGCUGUACUACAAGACGUCGACGCUGUACUACAAGACGUCGACGCUGUACUACAAGACGUCGACGCUGUACUACAAGACGUCGACGCUGUACUACAAGACGUCGACGCUGUACUACAAGACGUCGACGCUGUACUGGAAGACGUCGACGCUGUAAUAGAGACACAGGAGUACAAUGAACACCGAGAAUCGUGA